CUUGAAAUUGCUGAUGAAAAUCAAAAAAAUACAUCAAAAUCUCAAAAGCAUGAAUUAUUUAAAUUAUUUUCACAUUCAAAUGAGUUACAUCCACAAUCAUGUUUUAUUAGCCGCUAUAUUCAUACUCUUCAUGAAUUGCAUGAUUUAUUAGAAGAAAUAAAAUCAGGAAAAUCUUCAGAUCCCAAUUUAUUAUUGAAAUCCAAUGAAUCAACAACUUUAAGUGACAAUAUUCGUAAUAUUGACUGGGAAACAAAAUCAACUAUUUCAAGUAACACUCAUAAUUUUGGCUGGGAAACAGAAGUUCAAAGCACACAGGAAAAUAUCAUUCGGCCUUGUAUCGUGUUGUGA